AGGAGUGAACGGAUUGGGACGCGUCCAGGGUGAAGUACCCGGAUGUAACAACACGCACUGGGGUUUAGCUCGGGCUCGACAAUGUCACCGGCUCUUUGUUUGGAUCAGAACCACGGAUAACGGACUGUCUGGUUUUUUUUUUUUGUUGCUGUUGUUGUUGUUGAAUUUUUGUAAAACAGAACGGAUUUAAUUCUUCUGCUUUAAACAGUUCAGUGUUUUAUCCCUGCGCUACUUCUGCUAGCAGCUGAAAGAAAAGGAAACGGGCUAGUUAACGCUAGCUAGUUAGCUAACACCGCCUAAAUAUAGAAUUAAAUAACUAGGUUAUAAUUGUGUUAAUAUUAUUUUUUAAAUUUAGAGAUAUUUCUGGGGUUUUUUUACACGGCUGCGUGGUUUCAUUUCUUUUGUUUGUUUUGUAUGUAGCUCGGUGGCUAACAUAGUUCAAGCUAGCAGCGUUAGCUUAUUGCUAAGACAACCAGGAUUUUUCACUUCCUGUUUUUGUUUCUUUCUUUAACAUUUAAACUGAAUUCAGCUUUAAUUCAUUCAUCUAACUCACAUCAUUUCUGCCUGAAAUGUCACGCUAGCCAUUUUACUAGUCAUUUAGGAUAGUUAGAGUUAGCUUUAGGUUACACUAUUUAUUUAUUUAUGUAUUUAUUUAUUUAUUAUUAUUGAUAUUAUUAGUAUUAAUAUUAUUGUUAUUUAUUUGUGAGCUUGUGAGCAUGCAGCUGUGGUAGUGUACAGCUCUGUCUAACCUCCCAGCAGUUUAAAGUUAUUUGAUUUAGCAGCAUGUCGACUUAAACAGCUUGCUUUAGUGUUGUUACAUUUCUGAACCCAUCCCUCAAAUCAAGGUGUGUUAGAUUUCAUAUGAAAUAAACAUUAAAAAGCUCAGACAGGUAUAAAGGAGAGGGGAAGAGUGAUAUUAUGGCCUGCGCUUGGGGCAUGAAGAAGAUUUCAUCAUGGACACAGUCACUCUUCAUCCUCAGCGUGGUCUUCCUCAAUAAAGCAGUCUGCUCACAGCAUGGUGAUAAUGUCUACGUGUCAGGGAUCUCUAAUGCCUGUGGAGAUGUGGUGGAGCAGAUCAGGGCCUCCAGCGGUGUGAUCACCAGUCCUGGGUGGCCUUUUGAAUAUCCGUCUCGCAUCAACUGCAGCUGGAACAUCCGAGCAAAUCCUGGAGAAAUCAUCACCAUCAGUUUUCAGGACUUUGAGAUCCAGAGCUCACACCGCUGCGGAUUGGACUGGAUCUCCAUCGGCACUUACAAGAACCUGGACGGAUACCGAGCGUGCGGUUCGUCCAUCCCGGCUCCGUACAUCUCCUCUCAGGACCACGUGUGGAUUAAAUUCCACUCGGACGACACGCUCACUGGCAAGGGCUUCAGGCUCUCUUACAUCACAGGAAAGUCAGAGGAGGCGAGCUGCGAGUCGGAUCAGUUCCACUGCGUGAACGGAAAGUGCAUCCCCCAGUCAUGGAGGUGCAACACAAUGGACGAGUGUGGAGACAACUCAGACGAGGAGAUGUGCAUUCAUCCCAACCCUCCUUCCUCUUCUUCAUCUUUUUUCUCCUUCCAGCCGUGCUCAUUCGAUCAGUUCCCCUGUGUGUCACGCUACACCCGAGUCCUCACCUGCCUCCCGUCUUCUCUCCGCUGUGACGGCGCCAUCGAUUGCCAGGAUCUGAGUGACGAAAUCGACUGCGACACCCCCGCGUGUUCUGAGCUUCGCCUUCAAAACUUUUAUGGAACUUUUAACUCUCCGAAUUAUCCAGAUUUCUAUCCUCCAGGUAGCGACUGCACGUGGCUAAUCGAUACAGGCGAUCGCCGCCGAGUCGUCCUGCGCUUCCUGGAUUUCAAAUUGGACGGAACUGGUUACUACGGAGAUUUUGUAAAAGUGUAUGACGGCUUGGAGGCGGAGCCUAGACGCCUCCUUCGCGUUCUGACCGCCCUCGAUUCACGCACUUCUGUCAUAACUAUAAUUUCGUCGUCAGGGCAGCUCCGGGUGCACUUUUAUGCAGACAAGAUCAACACAGCGCGAGGGUUUAACGCUACAUAUCAGGUUGAAGGGUUUUGUUUGCCCUGGGAGAUGCCAUGUGGGGGAAACUGGGGGUGUUACACCGAACAGCAGCGCUGCGAUGGAUACUGGCACUGCGCUAAUGGCAGAGACGAGCUAAACUGCAGCGGAUGUGGCGAAGAUGAGUUCCCGUGCUCGAGAAACGGUGCGUGCUACCCGAGAUCUGACCGCUGCAACUACCAGAACCGCUGCCCCAACGGCUCCGACGAGAAGAACUGCGCUUUCUGCCAGCCCGGGAACUUCCACUGCAGGAACGGGCGCUGCGUGUUCGAGAGCUGGGUGUGCGAUGCGCAGGACGACUGCGGCGAUGCCAGCGACGAGGACGCGUGCCCCGUCGCCGUGCCAACACGGGUCAUCGCUGCCGCGGUUAUCGGCAGCCUGGUGUGCGGUCUGCUGCUCGUCAUCGCGCUCGGCUGCACCUGCAAACUCUACUCCCUCAGGAGCUUCGAGCGCAGGUCGUUUGAGACACAGUUGUCCAGAGUGGAGGCUGAGUUACUGAGGAGAGAAGCUCCGCCCUCAUAUGGUCAGCUUAUCGCUCAGGGUUUAAUUCCCCCUGUGGAGGAUUUCCCCGUCUGUUCUGGCAACCAGGCUUCCGUGUUGGAGAAUCUCCGGCUGGCCGUUCGCUCUCAGCUCGGAUUCACUUCCAUCCGCCUCCCUUCCUCUGGUCGCCAUGGCAACGUCUGGCGCCGGCUCUUCAACUUCACACGUUCUCGCCAUUCCGCCUCCUUAGCACUGGUGUCCUCUGGCGCAGGGGUGGAGUCAGACUCAGGAAGCGGGGCUAACGGUGUUGGAAGCUCCGCCCACAUUUCGGAGCGACUGGACUCGGAUGAUUCGGAGAGUGAACAGCAGGGGGCAGUGGGCGGAGCAUCGGCUUCUCUUCUGCCUCACAAAACCCCUCCUGCCGCCACCGUCGUGUCUGUUUCUGCAAGCGCCGCCCCACAUGCUGUAGCCGAGAGCGACGAUAUAGUCACCCCGCCUCCCAGUGGGCGUGGUUCGUUUGUGGCGCGCGGGCUGCGCUGGGUCCGGAUGUCCCUCGGAUCUCGGUUUGCGCAGCAGAACCGGAGCCCUCUGAGACAGAUGCAGAACGGAACAGCAAGCGAAGAAGAUGACGACGAAGACGUUGAGCUCCUCGUUCCUUUAACCGACACCUCGGAUGCACCCUCCGCCGCUCCCUCGCUUCGAGGCAGGCCAGCGAUUCGGGACGGGCCGUGCGACCACUGCGGGAUGGUUCACACGGCUCAGAUUCCUGACGCCUGCUUAGAGGCCACGGCUAGAACAGAAACCAGCGACGAUGAUUCUCUUUUGCUUUGUUAAUUCUCAGUACAACCCGCUUUGCCUUCGCUUCUUCACUCUCCCUGGCAAGGGAAAGUCUGAAUGUUUUUGGACACCUGCCCUUACCCGUGACCUUUCCAAGAGCUUCAGAGCAGUUCUGGUGACGCCGUCUCCCCUCCAAUGUGCAGUUUCCUGUAUCUGGUUUAGCUUAAGCGGUUAAAGUGGGUGUGCGCUGGUUAACAUGACUGGAUGGUUUUGAUUUCAAAUCCCAAGACUGACAGAGGGCCACCGUUGGGCCCCUGAGCGAGACCCUUAACCCCUUAACUGUUCAUCUGUAAGCUUGGAUUGAAUUACGCCUCACUUGUAUGACGCGUCGCGUCUGCCAAAUAGGUUAAUUUUUGACCUUUUCCUGGAGAGGAGAAGGGUUUGGGAUACACACUCAGCAGAAUGGGAGAGAACGCUGUUUGGGAGAGGUAUUAAACGUACACUGGUACUGGGGAAACUAGACGAUUCAGAUGCUUCGAGAGAUUUAUUAAGUAUUGAAUCAUUCUGAUGUCAGUGGAAAGGCUGCAUAAUUAUCCACACGGUACAUUACAUAUAAGCUGCCGGGGCUCUUAAUUCAGAUUUAAAGGCGUAGUACGAUUUUGCAGUUAGAGCAGAUUAUUUAUAAUGCAGUGUGAAUUAAGGAGUGACUAUUUUUAAGGAUGUUACAUUCUAUAACAGCCACCCAUGUUGUGUUGUAUUUAUUGUUUCUUUACUGCUUAAUGUUUUGGUACUGAAAACUCGUGUGAGAGAGAAAGCGUGUGUGGUUUGUGUGUGUGUGUGUGUGUGUGUAUUUAUUACUGGUUUUAAUUUCAGUAGUGGUUACCUGAGAAGCAUGUUACAUUGUCUUGUGCUUUUUUUUUUGUUGUUUUUUUUUUUUAAGUGAUUAUUGUGUACGAAAGUAAAUGUAUAUAAAUAUGCGUAACUGGUUACUGCACUAAAGAAUAAAGUAUUCCAUCCCA